CUGCAGAGAGCAAAGCACUGAACUUGUAAGAUAGAGCAGAGUUAGGCGCCACUAUUUGAAAGCUGUUCAAAGGUUCUCCAUUCUGUAGCCUCAACAAAAGUGCUCACAUUUCGUCAACCUUGAGACCUGUUAGUACUCUGCGAGAGACACACGAGCAAUGGCGGCAGCCGCAGUUGCUUCCGGCGUCAGGAUUCAGUGCCGGUUGCUUCACAAUGCAGGUUGCGAUCAGUCGCAGAGUGCAGCACGCAACCAGCAUGUCUUGCCGGCACGACCUGUGCACUUAGGGUCUGGGGUAAAGGGCCGACGCUCCCAGGUAGUUUGUAUGGCCGGGCAUGGGCAUGGGCAUGAGGAGAAGCCAAAAGAGCCCGAGUUCAAGCCAAAAGGCUGGUAUGAGAAAGACAUUCCGGAGUACCGGGCCAACUAUUCCACAGCCGGAGAGGGGGAGCCAUUCGAAUUUGGGAUUGAAGACGGGCACCACACAUGGCACGAGGGCGAUGAUGGAGAGUUCAUGGAUGAGGUGAAGAAGGCCAUGGAUGACUCAGGUGCCCCGACUGGCAUCCCAGCAUUCCUGGCGCUUUCCUUCUUGCCGGGUCUUUUCACCAUGAUCUUUUUGGGGAUUGAUGAUACAUAUUGGUUGAUGUUCACGGGCGUGUGGACAGUUGCGUAUGCUGCCUUCCAGAUGGCCAAGCCUGCUACGGAGUUGAAUUUCGAGCCUACUAGAUACGCUAGGGUUUACGAUGCGCCAAAGGCCGAGCCCUGGAGCGAGGAGCGGCUGGAUCGGAUCUAGGUGAAUGCAUGCUGUAGUUGAAUAUAAGGUGGUGAUGAUCAAGUUGAAGUGGGCUGAAGUUGGGUCAAGCCUAGGUUCCUCAUAAAUUUAGCGUUGUACUGUUGAGGUUGUGAUACACAGUCGUAUUGAGAACCUCUACACAAAUGUUUAGACUCCUCAACAAGCAUGACCGUCGGGAGGGACAGGUCCUUGCAAUUGUCCUUCAAAUUCAGCUGCUGAGCACACGCAGGUAAACAUUCAACCCUAUACUUAACGAAGUAGACUCAUCAGAUACAUCAACUGCUUGUCCAUUGUCAAGCCAUCACUGCUGCAUAGAGCGCCUAUAUUGGGUAUAUUUCGAUUCCUGUCCUGCCACCCUGGUUGC